UUUGAUUCGCUUUAUUGGCAGAUGAAAUUCUGAAAUUUGUCUUGUGUCCCAGGAUGUUAAAUGUUUCAUAUAAAUACACAUGAAUACGAAAAUACAAAACAACAUCUAACCAAACAACAAAAUCAUACAACAAAUGCUACAAAUCACAGCUGACAUUAUGAAAAGUGGCUGCAGUGCAACAUAUUACUCAUUCAGUACAUGCAAUGUUUAUCUGGUGUUCAUUCUUCUCCAUCUUUCCCCGAUGUUUACUGAGGUUAACAUUUGAAAACCUCGACCUGGCUGGCUAGCAGAAGUCGACAGAAGGAGAGUUCGCAGACUGGUGAGUUGUUGUCCUCAUCCUGACUGAGACCUCUGCUGACCUCACCAGGAAAAAAAAUAUCAGCACCAUCUAGUGGACCGAACAAGCAACUGAUUUUAUUAUUCUAGCACCAAAGGGUGUAUUAAAAUGUGUAUUUGCACAAAUUGAUAACGAAUAUAAUGCAAUGUAUCGAUACAAUAUCGCCACGCAAAAUAUUGGGAUUUUAUGCUGUAUGGGUUUUUUCCUCCACCCCCAUUAUUAUAUUAUAUAUUGGAAUUACUUUAUCCUGUGUAAAGUGUGUGAAAGGUUUUCACACCUUCUCCCCCAGCUUUUGUCACCCAGUCAGUCAUCAAAGCCAGUCUGUAGAGAAACUGGUGACAGGUGACAUCAAACACAGGGACCUGACCCAACAGCUCAGGCUUUACUAAACCGACGCCUUCCGCCACUUUUCUUCUAACGAGGUGAAAUUAAGUCGGAUUAAAGAGUUUAUUAAGCCACAUGACCCCGGAGGAUAAUCCCUUGAAAGUGACCCAAACAUUCUUUUCCAGGCCAAAUGAAACCAAUCUUAUCACCAAACGCCACAGGGUCUAUAAGAGCCACAAGGAACCAGGUCUACGGCGCAGACGGAUCCAGCAGACACACAGCAUGGCUCAGAAGACGGCCCUGAUCGUGUACGCCCACCAGAGUCUGGGCUCCUUCAACUCGGCAGUACGUGAUGUGGCGAUGGAGGAGCUGGCGGCGCAGGGCUACAAGGUGCUCAUGUCUGACCUGUACGCCAUGAACUUCAGAGCCAACGCCACGCAGGACGAUAUCAUCGGUGACCUGAAGAAUCCAGAGUUGUUCCAGUAUGGCGAGGAGACCAUGCACGCCUGGAUGGACGGCCGCCUCAGUGAUGACAUCGUAGCUGAGCAGCGCAAAGUGGAGGAGGCGGAGCUUGUCAUCUUCCAGUUUCCUCUGUACUGGUUCAGUGUGCCGGCCAUCAUGAAGGGCUGGAUGGACCGAGUGCUCACACAAGGCUUCGCUUUCUCCCUGGAGAAGAUGUACAACUACGGUGUGUUCAAGGAUAAGAAAGCAAUGUUGUCUUUCACCACUGGAGCAACACAGACGAUGUUCCAUCCUGACGGGAUCAAUGGAGACAUCAACAUCACACUGUGGCCUCUACAGAACGGCACUCUGCACUUCUGUGGGUUUCAGGUUCUUGCUCCUCAGAUAUUCUGGAAUCCAGCUCACUGCCCCCCCGCCGUGCGAAAAAUGAUGCUGGACGGGUGGCGAGCCCGACUUAAAGGACUGUUGGCAGAAAAGCCUUUGACCUUUGCCCCCUGCGAGCUCUUUGACCUCAGCUUCCAGGGGGGGUUCAAGCUGUGGCCCAAAGUGAAGGAGGAGCAAGAGUCACAGCCGUACGGCAUCACCACAGGACACCACCUGGGGAAACCGCUGCCGCCUGACAACCAGAUCACAGCUCCACCUGACAACCAGAUCACAGCUCCACCUGACAACCACAUCACAGCUCCACCUGACAACCACAUCACAGCUCUGCCCAGUGAUCAAAGUAGCGCCAGUCCGGCCUGCAGGAAAUAGAACCUCUCUGUUCUCAAUAAUACCAACGUAUGGAUUUUAUAAAGGCUGUGUGUUUACUGAAGCAGAAAUAAAACAAUUUCAAUAACAA